AGCGGUGAAACCUUGAUACUGUACUAAUCUUAAUGUGAAAAAAAACGCUUGGUAAUUGAAGCACAAGCAAGCGCCUGAAGGCCUGAAGCAAGCCCCUGAAGGCCUGAACAGAACAGUCCUAAUCGACGGAUUAAAACUUUACCGUAAUUUUGAUGAAAUUUUACAGAUUUCAAGAAUUUUAGAGGAGAAUAAAAAUCCUAAUUUUGGAUUUUUUCCCCCGCCGAUAUGUAAAACUCACAGAACACAGGAUAAAAAAUGAAAAAAGUUAACAUAAUUUUGAUCUUUUUACAGAUGAAUAAAAAUGAUAAAAUAAAAUUGAAAUCCCAGCACUCGUCCCCCCGGAUCUCGUUUCCCCUCUCUGUCUUUUCACAGUUCAAACCAACAGCACGCGAGCACGACGCCUGACGGCAGAAGCUACCUCGCGAAGCCAAAUCUACUGCCGGACACCACAUCGGGCACCCUCCACCCACCCACCCACCAAUACCAGCGGCAGUAAAUUCCGAGCUGCUGCUGCUGCGGGCUCGGCUCCCCCUCGCUCCCCACCCGUCUCCGCCUAGGGUUUCGUCUAGGCUCGCGCCCCGCCCCGCGUCGCCAUUGCCGUGGCUCCUGAGGAGGAAGGUUCCGCCGCGAGGAGGGGGCUGUGUUCCUCGCCCCGGUACUAAUUUCUGCGAGGUUUCGUGAUUCGCCCUUUCGUUUGAGCAUGGUUGUUUUUGGCCUCCCUGGGGUUUGGAUCGGGCACUCUGAGCUGGUCGUCCGAAUGCUGGGGAGGUCGGGCGACGAUUGCUAGGGUUUUGCGUGUGGAUUUUGCGGGGAGAGCCGGGGGUUGCUUGAAGUGCGGGAGCUGCCUGCGAUCCGGCGCUUGCGUCGCCCCGAAUUCGGUGCUUCCGCAGCAAUGCCUCGUCGAUUUGGUCGCGCUCUCUGAGGUUCUGAAGGACGAGGGGUUCUCGGGAGGUUUGUGAUUGUGCAAAGUCGGUGGUUCGAGUGCAAUGUCCGGGGCUAGCGCGAGGGGGCGGCUGUUGUCGCCGGCGUCCGGCGGUGGAGACUCCGAGCCGCGGUCCGCGGGGAGCAGGACUCGCUCGGUGUCGGCCACUCGGGGACGGAAGCCCUCGCCGAGGCCUGGGAGGGAUGUACCCGCGGCGGCAGCAGCGGAGAAGAAGCCAGUUGCCGUGCCCACAUUGCUCCCCUCUCUCAGCGCGCCCGCGGGGAUGCGUCGGCAGGAGCUGCUGCUACGCUCGGGGCUGUCUCUCGACGCGUCGUGCUCGUCGGAUGCGUCGACGGACUCCUUCUGCAGCCGAGCGUCGACGGGGCGGAUUGGGAGGCCGGCGUUUGGGGCUAGGAAGAAGAAGACUGUUUCUCAGACAGAUUAUAAGGCUGUUUCCAUGCUGGAGAGGGAGGGUGGAUUUGCUUCUCCGACUGAUGCUGCUGGUCUGAAGAGGAGGUGCGCGUGGGUCACAGCAAAUACUGAUCCCUGUUACGCUGCAUUUCAUGAUGAAGAGUGGGGAGUUCCAGUUCAUGAUGACAAGAAGUUGUUUGAGUUGCUGGUGCUCUCAGGUGCAUUAGCUGAACUAACAUGGCCAGCAAUUCUGAACAAAAGACCUAUAUUCAGGGAAGUUUUCAUGGAUUUUGACCCUGUAUUGGUCUCAAAAUUAAGUGAGAAGAAGAUUAUUGCUCCUGGAAGUCCUAGCAGCUCCUUGUUAUCUGAACAGAAACUGCGGGGUGUUAUUGAAAAUGCACGCCAAAUACUCAAGGUUAUAGAGGAGUUUGGAUCAUUUGAUAAAUAUUGCUGGAGCUUCGUGAACCACAAACCUAUAUCGAGCAGAUUCAGGUAUCCUCGUCAAGUGCCUGUCAAAACAUCUAAAUCAGAUGCCAUAAGCAAAGAUUUGGUUCGAAGGGGUUUCCGCAGUGUUGGCCCAACAGUGGUGUACACAUUUAUGCAAGUCUCUGGCAUGACCAACGACCACCUUAUCUCCUGUUACCGGUUUGCUGAGUGUGCAGCUGCCGCUACUGGUGCUAAACUUACUGAUGAGAGCGAAGCAAAUUCAAGUGGCAGCAAGCAUGCAACGGAACAGAUGAAUGGGACGAAUGGACUGGCUGCUGAUAUAGAACUCUCUAGAUCCAUAGAUGAGCUCAAUAUUUCAUAGCGAUUAGUAGGGAUGCUGGAGUGGGGAUGGUAGCAUGCGUAUUUUGUGUGCUGUAGAGUAGUUGUGAUUCGACGUUGUUUUCUAUAGUUUACCACUCGUUGAUGUAGGGACUUUGAUGUAGGGUAGAGCAAUCUUCAGUCUUCAGCAUGUCAAGACCAUUGAACGACAACAUGUAAUGAUGUAUAUUCUUUGUGAUGGGAAUGCACCUGAUUUCCCAAGUUUUUAGUUGAGUUGGCAUGUCGGUCUCA